GGGCUAGUGAUUUGGCUAAAGGGCCUGAAGAGAGACACACUUUACGACAACUUAUCUUGCAUGGAGAGUCUGUGGGUGUCAAAAGGUGUUUGUGCUUUGAUGUCAGGUUUAUCUCCAGAAAAACUAAACUUACACAUCUCAUCGUUGGCAACAAACCAGUUCACUCGAAAGUUACAUUUCAUGUUACUGCUUAUGUGAGAAAAUGUGCUGCCAAUUACCAUGAGCUUGCAAUGCAUGUCGUGAAGAAAGUACAGAGGUUGGCGGGAUUAUGUGUGCUUGACAUUGUGAAGGAGCCAAUUACAGCAGCAAAUUUGUCUUGUCCAUCCCUGAAUGGUCGUCUUAUUUCUCUUUUUUAUUUUGGAGGUGGGACCCUUGAUGUCACUCUCCUUCACACUAAAAAUCUGCUAUGGCAAGAAGUCUUGAGUAAUGGAGAUUUGCAAAGUGUGUUGAACGACAGACUUGUUGAUCAACCUGUUGUUGGUAACAUAAAACUAGACAGAAGCAUUUUUUCCAUGAGAUGUAAUUCUGACGAAGCAACAUUGAAGGGGUCGACGUGGAAGGCUUUCACUCCAAGGAGGCUCGCUAUGAGCCAAGCACACAAUAGACUGUCCGCCUACUCGCUAGCUCACAAUAGGCUCGCCACCCGCUCGCCAACAGAGCUUGCCGUGAGCCGAGCACGUAGGCCUGCUCGCGAGCUAACCGCAGCAGGCUACAUGCCCGCUAGUAGGCCUACCGUGAUCCGGAAUGCAACAGUCGCCUGCGUGUUGCCGCCUACCAACACGCACGCCUGCUACGAGCCAACACAUAGCGAGUCGCUUGCACCGCCCGCCGGCUCAUAG